AAUAUAUAAGUUAGACAAAAUAUUCAUCUUCCUCUUUCAUCAGUCACGGUCUUCUUUAAUCAUCCUCAUCUGCCCUCCCCAGAUUCAAUCAUCGUCAUCAUUCAAUCCCCAGAUCUGCGACUCACGGAUUAACUCGAGUAGUAAUGGCGUGGUAUACUGACCGAGGAUGGAUGUAUGAAAAGAUCGAUAGUAAUGGAUUUCUUAAUUCUGAAUACUGUGACAAUGUGGAAUUGUUUUUGGACUUCGCAUUUUCUAAAGAAGAUGUGGUUGAUACAAGGGUGAAUAUGCAUGGGGAGACAGCACGUGACAUAAAAUGUCCCUGUUAUAAAUGCCAAAAUAUAAAUUACAGAGACAGAGCCACUGUACAAAAUCACUUAUUUAAGUAUGGUUUCAUGCUUCGUUAUGAAAUAUGGAGUGAACAUGGUGAAAAGUCCAACCACGAUGUUGGACAGUCUUCUACUACAAUGGAGAUUGAUGAUGAUGAUGAUGAUGAUGGUUGCAAACGUAUGGUGUUAGAUAACUUGUGUUCAUGCGAUUAUACUUCAAGUACAUUGGAAGGAUGUGUACCGAAUCCAGAAGCAAAAAGAUUCUAUGACAUGUUAGAAGCUGCUGAUGAACCUUUGUGGGAGGGCGAAAAGGCUACAAGUUUUUCAAAGUUACAAGCUGCUACGAGUUUUUUGACAUGGAAAUCACUUUUCAAUGUGUCAAUUGCAGCUUACAACUUUAACCUUUCCAUGAUUAAUGCAUUGUUGCCCGAAAAUAAUAAACUUCCAAAAACCUUUUAUGAUACGAAGAAGAGUUUAGAACCAUUGAGUCUUCCAUACGAGAGAAUUGAUGUUUGCAAAAACCAUUGCAUGAUAUUCUAUAAGCAAGACAAGGCAUUGACACGUUGUAAAUACUGUAAGGAAUCUCGUUACAAAAGUGUCUUGAAUAAGGUACCUAAUUUGGUGAUGUGGUACAUGCCAAUUGGUCCUAGACUUAAAAGGUUAUAUAUGUCUACAAAAACGGCCAAAGAUAUGACUUGGCACCAUGACCACAAAACAAUAGAGGGUAGCAUGGCACAUCCUAGUGACGGCAUGGCUUGGAAGCAUUUUGACUCAGAGAAUCCUGACUUUGCAAAAGAGAUUCGCAAUGUUCGUCUUGGGUUAUGCACUGACGGUUUCAAUCCAAAUAACUCUCACUCAAUUCCUUACUCGUUGUGGCCUGUCUUUCUUACAAUCUAUAACUUACCCCCUUGGAUGAGUAUGAAAGACUCGUUUGUUCAAGUAAGUUUGAUUAUUCCGGGUGGAAAGAGUCCAGGUCAAAACAUCGAUGUGUUUCUAAGACCCUUAAUAGAUGAGUUGAAAGAGUUGUAUGGAGAAGGCAUUGAAGUUUAUGAUGCUUAUCGUAAAGAAAAUUUCAUUAUGAGAGUUAUUCUUUUGUGGACAGUUAGUGAUUUUCCUGCCUAUGCAAUGUUAUCUGGCUGGAGCACGCAUGGUCGUUUAGCUUGCCCAUAUUGUAUGGGGGACACAGAUGCUUUUCGGUUACAUGCCGGGGGUAAAACUAGUUGGUUCGAUUGUCAUCGAAGGUUUCUACCAAUGUCACAUCCUUUUCGUAUUGAUAUAGAUGGAUUUCGGAGAUCAACAUCGUCGUUAGUGGGACCUCCACCCGAGUUAACUGGUUGGGAAAUCUUAGAACAAGUUUCUAACAUACCAGUUGUUUAUGAAGGUGUAACGCCCCCAAAGCAUAAAGAUCCAAAAUUUGGUAAAACUCAUAAUUGAGUAAAGAAAAGCAUUUUCUGGGAGCUUGAAUAUUGGCCCAUGUUGUUAAUUCGACACAACCUUGAUGUAAUGCAUAUCGAGAAGAAUGUUUUUGAGAAUCUAUUUCAAAUGGUUAUGGAUACUUCUAAAACAAAAGAUAACGUCAAGGCAAGGAAGGAUGUGGAACAGUUUUGCAAUCGACCAUCGUUGCAUGUUUCAAGUGGAAAUAAUAAUAAAAUUUUUUAAUGUAUUAAAUUUACGCUUUGGGAUUUACCUCGUUUGACGUUAUUUUAUUUGACCCGUUUGAGAUAAUACGUGACCAGUUUAUGUGGUCUCUAGUUGUAUGAUAUCAUAAUGACUUUACUCAUUUAAAUACAGGCACAGGUUCAUGCGUCUACCCUUCGUCGUCAUCGUCAUCAUCUUCCCUAUCAUCACCUACACCGGCAAUAACCCAAACGCCUUGCCUACUGCACCUAUAGUGUUUGUUACUUCUGACUUUGGUUUAAUUUUGACUUUGUUGCUGAAAUUUGGUUUAAUUUUGACUUUGUUUCACAAAUUCUGUUGUAAUUUGAACAUGGUAUGGUAUCUUAUAUUUGCUUGCAGUUUA